AUGUCUAAACGUAUCCGCAUCUUCACCCCUUCCGACGUUGCGGAACACAAUACAGAGGAGAGCAUCUGGGUCAGCUAUCAGGGUAAAGUGCUCGACGUCACCUCCUUCCUCCCUGACCACCCGGGUGGAGAGGAGUUUAUCCUCAGACAUGCUGGGAAGGACGUCGAGGACGUCAUGAAGGAUGCCGACGAGCAUGUACACUCUGAGAGCGCGUAUGACAUGCUUGAAGAGUUUGUCAUUGGAAGACUUGGUGCAGGUGAAAUGGUUGUGAGCGACGACUGGGUCCCCGCGGACGAUUUCCAUCCGGAUAAUACGGACGAAGAGAAGGAUUUUGAGAAGAACCAGUUCUUGGAUUUGAGAAAGCCAUUGUUCAGGCAAAUGUGGUAUGCGAACUUCAGCAAAGCGUAUUAUCUCCAGCAGGUUCAUCAGCCUCGUCACCUCCCAGAGCCGGCGCGCCUCUUCGGUCCUGACUACCUUGAGGUCUUCACUCGCGCCAGUUGGUAUGUUAUCCCCACUAUAUGGCUUCCAAUCACUGCAUACCUCGCCCUCCGCUCUCUCCUACAAUUAUCUGGAUUUGUCUUGCCCCUCUUCUCCGCAAACCCCUUUGCGCCUUUCACCGCGCUGGUGUCUUCGCCUUCCGGGAUACCUAUCACGUCCGGCGCCCUACUUAGCUUCGCGGCAUGCUUCUUUGUCGGGAACGUGAUCUGGACACUCCUGGAGUAUGGGAUGCAUCGGUUCUUGUUCCACAUCGACUAUUACUUACCGGACAAGCCGAUGUUCUUGACAUUGCACUUCUUGGGGCAUGGUAUCCACCAUUAUAUGCCUAUGGACCGAACGAGAUUGGUGAUGCCACCGGUGUUGUUUACGACUUUGCAAGCCCCCUUCACUCGGCUUGCACACACGUUGUUCCCCGCGUCCAUAGCGAACGGCAUCAUCGCUGGCUCUUUCUUCAUGUACGUGGUAUAUGACUGCUCGCACUACGCGAUGCAUCAUACCAAGCUCCCGGCGUACCUUCGGGAGACGAAGAAGUACCAUCUUGCUCAUCAUUAUAAGAAUUUCGAGCUCGGGUUCGGUGUCACGAGCAAAAUCUGGGACAUCGUGUUCAACACCGUGCUUCCGAUCUAAUCGUGGCCCACAUGAAACCUCGACACACUAUGCAUGCUGCGAUGAGCGAACCGAUAUAUACCCCUUGUAGGCCUUUGUGAAAAGGCUGCUCGUGUCCAGUGCUUGGUUCCGCUAACUACAGUUAUGGUUUUAUUCUUGUAUCGCAUCUCUGCUGUCGGUUGUCCUUGUCCGUUAUCGCUACUGUUAGGUGUUUUGUGCUAUGUUAUCUCAUUGUAAUAGUGUUUUU